UUGGGCUGUAGUGCCUUAUCAACGAAGCAAGAACGAAGAUUUCCUGAUGAUUUCCUCUUCGGGACAGCUACAGCAGCAUAUCAAAUAGAGGGAGGAUGGAACGCGGAUGAUAAAGGCGAAAGCAUUUGGGAUCACUUAACUCACAAUAAUCCUACAGUAAUCAAGGACCUGAGCAAUGGUGACAUCACGGCGGACACUUACAACAACUACAAGCGCGACGUUGAGAUGAUGAGAGAACUUGGUCUGGAUGCUUACCGUUUCUCCCUGUCCUGGUCCAGAAUAUUACCCAAUGGCUUAACCAACAAGGUCAGUGAAGCAGGCUUUGCAUUCUACAACAAUUAUAUCGAUGAAAUGGUAAAAUAUGGUAUCACUCCAAUGGUAACACUUUACCAUUGGGAUUUACCCCAAAAACUUCAAGAUUUAGGUGGCUUAGCGAACCCUCUAUUCCCAGAGUGGUACGAAGACUACGCUAGAGUCGUGUUUGAGCAAUUUGGAGACAGAGUCAAGCAUUGGAUCACGUUCAACGAACCCAGAGAGAUCUGUUAUGAAGGGUAUGAUGCGGGUAGAAACGCUCCGCAAGUGAACGCCACGGGCAUCGGUUCAUAUCUUUGCGCAAAGAAUCUAGUUAUGGCACAUGCUAGAGCUUAUCACGCCUACAAGAAUGACUUCGCUCCAAGUCAAGGUGGUGUUUGCGGCAUAACAAUCUGUGUUAAUUGGGUGGCGCCGCUAACUGACUCAGAAGAAGAUCGAUUCGAAGCGGAACUAAGCAGGCAAGGACAGUGGGGCCUUUACGCAGAACCAAUAUUUUCAGAAGAGGGUGGAUUUCCUAAGGAACUAUCAGAAAGAGUUGCCCAAAGAAGUAUUGAACAAGGAUAUCCCAGAUCCCGUAUGCCUGAGUUUACUGAUGAAGAGAAGGCCUUCGUGAAAGGUGCAGCCGACUUCUUCGGAGUAAAUCAUUAUACCACCUUUUUAAUUUCGGCAACGGAAAAGUUCUCUGAACAUGCAUUUAGUGAUUUUGAGACAGAAAACCAUUAUCUUGACGAAUGGCCUAAAUCUGCAUCCGAUUGGUUAAACCUAGCACCCAAUAGUGUCCUCAAUGCGCUUACUCACCUUAAAGAAAAAUACAACAACCCAGUGAUUUACAUUACUGAGAACGGCUGGUCCACCAGACAUGAUGCUGGUCUCAUAGAUGACGACAGGAUAAGGUACUACCGUGCUGCUCUGGAAAAUGUCCUAGAUGCGUUGGACGCCGGUGUGAAUCUCAAGGGAUAUAUGGCAUGGAGUCUAAUGGACAACUUCGAAUGGUUCGCAGGUUACACAGAGCGUUUUGGUUUAUAUGAAGUAGACUUCGAGGACCCGGCACGCACGCGCACGCCCAAAAAGUCGGCCUUCGUGUACAAGCAGAUCAUAAAGAAGCGAGUCAUCGACCACGAGUACGAGCCCAGCUCUAUGACCAUGACCAUCGAUGAGGGUCACUAA